UUAACCAUGAAGACUUUUUUUCCUAGAUGGCAAGGAUCCUCUGCUUCUCGCUACAAAACUAGUUUUUGCACUUAUCUUCUUUAGAUGCAAAACCACCUGCGCAAUUCUUAACGUGCACCCUUUUCAGAAGUCUUUCGAGAUCCCAUUUCUCUUAUUGCCCAUUUACUCAAAAUAAGCGUCCGGGCCUUCUUUGUCAUGAAUAAGUGCGUCGCCUGUACGGUUCCGCAUUUUAUAUAUUCCUGACUGUGCUGCAUUUGGGAGGAAGAGAACCGUAAACGAUUAUUUGCAAUCGCUCAAUCAUGAAGAUUUCUUGUUGGAUUUUUGUUAUUUCGCUUAUUCUCCGCCUUUCUGCAUCCGGUUCUCUCUCAAUUGACAAUUUCCAGCAAGCGUUUCCGAUUAUUGAACCUGACCCUGGUCAUACAAAGCUUCAGCUUGCUAGCAGUGGCUUGGAAGCCAUCAGACGAAUAACAACCCCGAUUGCUGCAGUUGCUGUCAUUGGUCCAUACCGCUCUGGAAAAUCAUUUUUGCUUAAUCAGCUUCUUUCCCUUUCUUGUUAUGGAGGUUUUGGAGUUGGACAUAUGCGUGACACAAAGACAAAAGGGAUUUGGGUUUGGGGAACUCCAAUUGAAUUGGAUAUUGAUGGAGUCAAAACAUCUGUGUUUUACCUUGACACAGAGGGAUUUGAAAGUGUUGGAAAGUCAAAUGUAUAUGAUGACCGGAUAUUUGCUCUGGCAACUGUCUUGAGUUCUGUACUUAUUUAUAAUUUGCCUGAGACGAUCCGAGAAGCUGACAUAUCCCGCCUGUCAUUUGCAGUCGAGCUUGCUGAAGAAUUUUAUGGAAGAGUUAAGGGCCAAGGUGUUGCUUUUGAACCUGCAAAACUACUGUGGCUUAUCCAGCGUGAUUUUCUACAAGGGAAAUCGGUUCAGGAAAUGGUGAAUGAAGCCCUUCAACGUGUCCCUAACAAUAAUGGGGAUAAAAAUAUUGAUCAGGUUAACCAAAUUCGAGAAUCCCUUGCUAUUAUGGGUGAUAACAGCACAGCUUUUAGCUUGCCACAGCCUCAUAUCCAGCGAACAAAGCUUUGUGACAUGAAAGAUGUUGAGCUUGACCCAGUAUAUGUUAAAAAAAGGGAGCAAUUGAAGGAGCUUGUUGCUAGCAUUGUUCGCCCAAAGAUUGUGCAGGGAAAACUUCUAAACGGACAAGAGUUUGUAACUUUUUUGGAACAGAUACUUGAAGCCUUGAAUAAAGGGGAGAUUCCAUCAACUGGAUCUCUUGUGGAGGUUUUCAACAAGGGUAUCCUUGAGAGAUGUUUGAAGCUAUACAGUGAAACAAUGGCAAAAUUAAUGUUACCACUCCCAGAGCAAUCUCUGCAAGAGGCCCAUGGAAGGUCUAGAGGGGAAGCAGUGAAAUCUUUUGAUGAACAGCAUUUUGGCCGUAACCAUGCAAAGAGAUCAGUCAUGCAACUGGAAGAAGAAAUAGGGAAGGCUUAUAAAAACAUCAUGAUGGCAAAUGAGUAUGAAUCAGCAAAACUGUGUGAGGCAUUGUAUGUUCGAUGUGAGGACAAAAUGGACCAACUUCAAGUCCUCAGACUUCCUUCCAUGGCAAAGUUCAAUGCCGGCUUUCUGCAAUGCAACCAAAGUUUUGAGCAGGAAUGUGUUGGACCCUCAAAAGCAAACUAUGAGCAACGCAUGAUGAAGAUGUUGGGGAAGUCCAAAUCUCUAUUUAUAAAAGAAUACAACCAAAGGCUUUUCAAUUGGUUGGUUGCCUUCUCCCUUGUAAUGGUGGUAGUGGGCCGGUUCAUUAUAAAGUUCAUUUUGAUAGAAAUGGGCGCGUGGAUACUUUUUAUCUUCUUGGAGACAUACACAAGGAUGUUCUGGUCUGCAGAAUCUCUCUAUUAUAAUCCGAUUUGGCAUUUUAUUGUAGCAACCUGGGAAACAGUUGUUUACAGCCCUAUCCUUGAUUUGGACAGAUGGGCAGUGCCAAUUUGCUUUGUAGCGUCAAUAUUGGUAAUUUAUUGGCGUUGUUAUGGCAAAAGGAAACAUGGCUCCCGAUGGCACUUACCAGUUUACAACAAUAGCAAAGGCGGUUCUAACAGGCCGAGAUCGGACUGAAUUUUUUUUAAUGUAUGCCUUGAAUUUUCGGCAUACUUUUGUUCGACCAUAUCAUUGGCGAGCUUUCAAUUUUUUUUCAUAUAUGAAGCCUGCCAUCCUAUUUUUGGUUCGUUCAUAGUCAUUUGAACCUGAAAUGGAGAAGAGGUGAGUGAUAGUGAUGAUUUGCCGGGCGACGCAGAUAUCAUUUGUAACUCUAGCAUUUCCUGAUUGUUUAUAACAUCAAUGUAAUAUGUUGAUCACUUGAAAUGUCUCCAUAUUUCACAGGUUUAGAUUUUCUAUUAAGAUGAUGAAUACAGUUUUAUUAAGCAAUGGUUCUUCAUUCAA